UUUAAUCAAAGUCUGUCAAAUCAAUAAAUAUAUCACCAUCAUAAAAUAAAUAAUGAAAACAGUUUCAUAAAGUUAAAAAAAAUCGUUAACAACUUUAACAAAAAUUAACAACUUUAUUGCAAGCAGUUUUCUUCGUCCUGUUAUCAAAUUCAGUGACCAACCAUGUUGAUGUCUAUAUUUCGAAAAAAUACGCCUUCGAUCUGUAAGCAAUUCAGAUCGUCGAUCAAUUGCCGAGAUCACCGAUCGAUGAAUAGCAUGGCAUUCAGGAGGCGCGACACGGACUCGAGGAUACCGGGUCGGAUUUUGGAAUGGCAAAAUCGCCGCCUGAAACAACCGAGUUUCGGGUGAGAUUUUUCCUUACGAUACAGCAAGGCUGUUUUAAUUUGAUAAUAUAUACUCAUAUUGUUUCGUAUCGAAAAAUGGGUUUUCGUAUAUAUUCCGAACAGUUCGUCGCGUGAAUCAUUUUUCACAUGAACUAUUUCUUCCCGUAUAGCUACUUGGUGACCUGUGCCCGUGGAAUGUUGACGGGCGCCGAGAUAUUGGUGAUUCCCAUUGUCAAAGGGAUCGGGGCCAUAGCAGGAUGGACGAUGCGGCAAUGGUGGUCCAGUCGGAACUAUAAAGAGAAGCGCCGGUACUGGAAUAAGGUGAAGAACAAUUUCAAGGCCCUGGUAUAUGGCAUAACGCUCACGGCGUGUGUGUGUACCGCAGUAAUAUUGUACCACGUCGAAUGGGAGCCGAUCACGGGCCAGCUGAUCUUGUGUCUGUAUAAUCACCGCACGAUAGCCGGCAUUUCCAAAAUGAAAUGGCAAAACAAGAUGAUCGUUACUGGGAGGAAUCUGAAGUACAGCGACGAGAGGAUGGAAAAUCGUGCGCGUCUCAUCAUGAAGAAGGUUUUGGAGGCAAACGCUCAGUUUACCGCGAUCUGGGACAAUGAUUGGUAUCUCAUCAUAGAGGAAAACAACGAACUGAACGCGAGAUCGAUGCCCUUUGGGUUGAUAGUAAUUAACAGCAGCAUGAUGAAUAUGCUCAAUGACGAUCAACUGGCUAUCAUCAUCGGCCACGAGAUUUCCCACACCUUGUUGCGCCACAUCAACCGUGAGUUGAGCAUGAAUAUAUUGGUGAACGUAUUUCAGAUAGUGGGCAUCGUUGUCGCCUGGAUGCUGCUGCCCGAGGUUAUCGCGUAUACUUUUUCCAUAUGGUUUGAAAUCAAGAUCAAGUCGUUGUGUUUUGAAAUGCCACUCUUGAGACGCUUGGAGAAGGAGGCUGACCGAGUCGGAUUCAUGAUGGCCGCGCGAGCCUGCGUGGACAUCACGCAAGGCCCAAAGAUGUGGAUCUCCUUUGCCGAAACUGAUGAACGGUCGUCCAUCAAACGCAGCUACUGGUGGAUGUGUACUCACCCGUCAUACCGAAGCCGAGCAAACCAUCUGAACCAACUGACGGCUGAGACCCAAAAACUGCAGAAAUUAGUCAAUUGCCACGAUUUGUAAAUCUAUCAAGAAUUUGUA